AUGGACACGCCCAGGGGUUGUGAGAAGGCUGCAGCUGGGGUUAACUUGCCUGAUCAGGGGCCAAAGCGCCUUUGCAGGCUGGUGCAGGAAGGACAGCUGCGCGUCCUGCGGGAGGAGCUACAGAGGAUGGGAGGUCCGGCUGUGAGGUGCCCAGGGCCGGCUGGAGACACCCUUCUGCACUGCGCUGCCCGCCACGGGCAUCAGGACAUCCUGGCUUAUCUAGCUGAGAUCUGGGAGCUGGACAUCGAGGCCACCAACAGAGACUACAAGCGACCUCUGCAUGAAGCUGCCUCCAUGGGCCACCGGGAUUGCGUGCAGUAUCUGCUGGGCAGGGGAGCAGCUGUGGACUGCCUGAAAAAGGCAGACUGGACUCCUCUAAUGAUGGCUUGCACAAGGAAGAAUCUUGAGGUGAUCCAAGACCUUGUGGAAUAUGGCGCCAAUCCACUUCUGAAGAACAAAGAUGGCUGGAACAGUUUUCACAUUGCCAGCCGAGAAGGUGACCCUUUGAUCCUCCAGUACUUGCUCUCUGUUUCCCCAGCUGCCUGGAAGACAGAAAGCAAAAUUAGAAGAACUCCUUUGCACACUGCAGCAAUGCAUGGAUGUUUAGAGGCAGUAAAGGUGCUACUUAACAGGUGCCAGUAUGAACCAGACUGCAGAGACAAGUGUGGCGUUACACCCUUUAUGGAUGCAAUUCAGUGUGGUCAUGUCAACAUAGCUAGGCUGCUCCUUGAAAAACAUAAGGCCUGCAUUUCAGUCGAGGAUAUGCUAGGGGCCCAGGCAGUGCACAGAGCAGCAGUCACUGGGCAGAAUGAAGCUAUCCAAUUCUUGGUCUCUGAUCUUGGCAUUGAUGUUGAUGUGAGAGCAACAUCAACCCACCUCACAGCACUUCACUAUGCAGCUAAGGAAGGACAUACAAGCACAGUUCAGACUCUCCUAUCUUUGGGUGCUGAUAUCAACUCUAAAGAUGAAAGAAAUCGAUCAGCCCUGCAUCUGGCCUGUGCAGGUCAACACUUGCCUUGCAUUGUGUUUCUCCUGCAGUCUGGACUGAAUGAUUCUCCAGACAUAACAGGCACCCUGGCUCGGCAGUUCACAAAGAGAGAAGACAUCCUUCAGUGCUUUGACCAAACAGUAAUGACAUAA